CUUUCGAUUGGCCUCUAUUCUGCCACGCGCCGCCGUUCCCUUGCCGGGUUCACUCCCUCCGCGGGAAGCGGAGCGUGUUCUGCUACAUCGCUCCAUCCUUCCCGGCGCCGCACGCAUUUGCAGCGUGCGAGUUCAGUGCAGACUAAAAAGAGAACACAAGAGCCCCCUGGUUUAAUGGGUCCGAUAAUCGGAAUGACUCCAGAUAAGAAAGCAGAAACGCCGGGACUGCAGGAGCGGGCGGGGCUGCGGCCGGCUCCCUGCGGGACGGGCACGCUGCCCGAGGCCGAGAGCGCCGCCAGCCCCCGCGCCACCAGCCUGGACCGGGGCCCGGGGGACGACGAGGAGCUCACCAACCUCAACUGGCUGCACGAGAACCUGCUGCAGAACUUCACGCUGGGGUCCGAGGCUCAGCCCAGCGUCAGCCCGCUCUUCGACAUCGAGGGCGACGGAGUGCCGCCUCCCUCCUUCUCCUCCUCCUCCUCCUCCUCCUCCUCUUCCUCCCUCGCUGGCAGGGAGAAGGACUCGCUCAAAUCCAAGCCCCCGUACUCCUUCAGCCUGCUCAUCUACAUGGCCAUCGAGCAGUCCCCCAACAAGUGUCUGCCCGUGAAGGAGAUCUACAGCUGGAUCCUAGAGCACUUCCCCUACUUCUCGAGCGCCCCCACGGGGUGGAAGAACUCUGUGCGUCACAACCUGUCCCUUAACAAGUGCUUCCGCAAGGUGGAGAGGAGCCUGGGAAAGGCGAAUGGGAAGGGCUCCUUGUGGUGCGUGGACCCGGAAUACCGACCCAAUCUGAUCCAGGCCCUGAAGAAGCAGCACUUUCCCAGUGCCCAUGCCUUCUGCACGCCUCCUGCCUCCCCACCCAGUGCAUCUUCACCUCCUCGCCACCUCAUCCCUCAGGACCAGAGCUGCUCUCUGAAAGAGUCUGAUAUUGAUGCUGCCACAGCCAUGAUGCUUUUAAAUUCAGCCCCAGAGCAGCACAGAAUGGAAUGCCGAGCGGUACAGGACCGGCCGAUGGACCUGUCUCGGCCGGAGGUGGCAGUGGUCAGCAGCGACCCCAAGGAGGACCACAACUACAGCGCAUCCUUCCAGCGCUGUGUCUCGCGCUGCAGCACCUCCUCCCUCUCCUCGCUGGACGAGGGCUACCAGCCGGCCUCCCAGGCCCGGCGGGCGGGCAGCGAGGGAUUCCACAGCGACGAGGACUCCGACCUGGCGGAGGAGCCGGAGGAGGCGCAGGGGCGGCUGGGGGACAGCGGGUACGGGGCGUCCCAGCGCGGCGGCGGCGGCGGCAGUGCCCCCCGGCCCCGUGCCAAGGGCCCCCCAGGGAAGAAAGCCCGCAGGGAAGCCAAGCCAGAGAUCGACGAGGAGCUGAAGGAGGCCGCUGGGUCGUUGCUUCACCUGGCUGGGAUCCGCACCUGCCUGGAUGCCUCCAGACGCACAGCCAAGAGCAAGAGUAGAAAAAGCAAAAAAUAGGGCGCCUCUCUCCUCCCUUCCCCCCGGUGUUUUCUUACGUUUGGUGAAUCAAUCUCAUUUGUUUGACACAAAAUAUCCCCCACAUGGCAAUAUUAUCAUUCACACAGGAGAUCAAAGCCAUAUUGAGACUUUUGCUACUGGAAACGGCUCCAGAAACGCUGCCGACUUGAAUUGGUUUUAGAAGUCGGAGCAGUUCAAGGCUUCAGAAACCUAAAGGAGUUUUCAGAAAUUGGACAGUUGCAUGCUUCCUUCCCAUUCAAGUCUGUCCGUAUACAAGUGAAAAUAUUUAUACUAAGGAUGAGUGCAUGGAUGUAAAAUACAAAUUGGAACACCUAUCCAUCUUGUAGUCGUAGUUCGGUUUCUUCUACCAAGGUGUAAAAAAGAAAAAAAAAAGUUGCCAAUUGCCAUCGUUUUUGUUAGAAGACUUUUGUUAUAUAAUUAUGAGACAAAGAGAAAUGCAAUAAUUAUUCCAAAACUUCUCGUUUUAUUUUUUUAUUGUAAUUUUUGGGUUUCCUUUUUCUUGAAAGAUGCAGUUUGGUAGUUGAUGCAAAGUCUGAGCUGAUGAUAGAGAAGCAGCAGAGGUGACUUGAAGCAGGACUUUGUCAGACGGAAUGAAACCUCAAUUAAACCUCGGCUUCCUAACAAAACCAUUUUCAGCAGUUAAAUGCCUCAUGUUUGAACUUCAAAGGAACAAGUGGACUUGGCAGCAGAAACGAAAUAACCCGACGGACGUGCGGAUACUGAAAACCUGACACUUAAAGCAGGAAGUUUAAAACAGAUCUUGGAAAGUGCAUUUGGGAGCGAGUCUGCCACUGUUCAGAAUUCAACGGGCCAUCCGCAACUUCUUCAGCAGAAACAGACCCUGUUAUUGUGGCUGUUGUUGUCAUUGUUUUUGUUCAUUUUCAUAUUUCUUUGUGCAAACUGAAACAGGUUAAUCGUGGCAGCCUUUCAGACGAUUUCAGCUCAGAUCCUAUGCAAGGUGUGUUGGAGGUGGAGUGGCUAUCCCUGUGGUGACAACACGCCGGCCCCUCUGCCUUUUGAGCGCGUGUGACUGUGCGUGUGUGCGUGUGGGCUACAGAGCGAGAUACAUGGACAAGAGACGCAGAGAUCCCGGUGUAAUGAGAAGUACCACAGAGAUAGUGACAGGAGCUUACAAAGACACUGUCGAAAGCAGAAAAACAAUUGUUGAUUUCUCCCGUUCACAAAAAAUUCUGAAAGUUUAGUUAAGUUAUGGGUUGAGUGUUGAUCUUCACUGAAGUUUCUUUUAGUUGUCUACCCAUCAUGCAGUUCGAGUGUUUGGGAUGCCUGUAAUAUAUGCAAAUAUAUGAAAGGUUCCAGGGCAAGUCGUCAUUCCCACAGGUUGAUUCUGUACAUGCAUGGCAGACCUCAGUUCUUUCUUUAGUUUCCCUAGGUGAACAAGCUGUGUUCAUAUGCGCUAAUGUCUUCUUUACUGUUGUUCUUUGAUUUCUAAUGCCAAAUCGUGACAAACCGCAGUAUUUUUUCAGUUUAUGUGAAAGCUUUUUUGCACUCUGUCCCAGUGUAGGUAGUAGGUUGUCACUCCUCUCCUUUGCACAAGCAUCUCACGCAUAUAGCUGCCCCCACUGUUUGAGGGUCAGGUGAAACUAGCCCUGAAUCUGUCAGCUGGAGGUCACAUGCGGCAUGUGCUUUAAUGCAGACCCAGGUGCCAGCUGACGUGGGCUUUGGAAUAGUGUCAUUGAGGUGCCAGAGGAAAUGGCACAAAGUGCACUACCUGCACGAUGUAUAGACAGCUUGCUGUUACACGGUCAGUUCUGAACAGAAAUGCAGAGAAAAAUAAAGGAAAUCAGGGAAAACAGGGUCGAAGUACUUAAGCAGUGUGAGUAACAAAAUGUAUGCUUUGGAUCUAGGAAAUAGCCCUUCCCUGUGGACCCCUGUCCCUCAGAGGAGCCCAAAUGUGGAAACUCCAUUGGUAGCUGACCAGGUCCCCAGUGGAAGUACCUUUUAUCCUCUUGGCUUCCCUAGGCCACAAACCCCUCUGUCCACUCCACCCUUGCAGCUGUUUUCCUGCCUUGUUACAUUUUCCAAGUGGUUACAUAAGUGUGGUAACAGAAGAUGCAGAAGUUGUAAUAACUCAUACUGCCCUUGACCCUUUGCUGAAAGGGGCGAAUAACGUGUUCAGAGAAAGAGCUGGCAGCUCCGGUGCUUGAGCUAAGACAGGUGAUUAAUCACACAGGGAGGACUGCAGCACUUACUGAGCCCCUGUGUGUCAGGGGGUGAUUGGCCCUCUCUCCGAGGAACGGAUAUGACAGUGUUCUGAUUAGAGCUGUCGGUGACAUUCUCACUGCCAUAUACUUCACCUCUACUGAGGUGGGAUGGGUGAUAACAUUAUGUAUAAAUGUUUUUUUUAUUUGCUGUUGUUUUAAUUUCAUAUGAUUUUUAGGGUGCUCUUCCUUUUGUAUAUUUAUAUUUGCCAUUCUCCUGGAUUUUAAAGAUCUGUAUGUAUAGACGGAAACGAUUGAUAAAGUAUAAAUUGAAAUGUGCGAAUCAUGCGGACAUUGUUCAUCAAGUCUGUAACGGCUGUUAGAUGACAUUUGGUAGAGAUGGGAGAUGUUUGUCUACUUGGCCACAGUACACAUUUCGAGGUAAAGCUGCCACCCGUAUAAAAUGUGGAGCUCAUUACAAACUGACCCUUGUCAAAGAAGAUGGCAAACCCACUAAAAUGUAUCAAUAUAGGAUGGUUGUAUGUAGUGAUGGAAUUCCCUUAUAUUUGACGUCAUCAUGUCUGCUGAGUUCAUGUGUGGAGGGUUAGUGUCACCAGAUUAUCUCAGAAGCCUCUUUGGAAGAGUUUUGAUGAUAAUUGGUGUGGAUAUGAGUAUUGUCAAGAAUGCAGAAAGCGUGCUAUGAAAUAUCGGUGCUCGUGAUUUUGCUUCAAUGAAAGGAAUCAGACUCUCAGCUGCUGGUUAUCAUCUAGCCAACUAGAUCACCAGUGUUCACCACUAGUUGUGACCCUGAGACACAACUGUAAAACUCCCGUUUGUGCUCCAGGCAAAACACGAAGAGGCAAGCGAGGGCAACCUCUAGAGCUCUUUUGUUUGGCUGAUUUAGAUAACUUCAGAAGUAGGUGAAGUGAACUGAAGUCAAGGAGAUCUGCUGAAAAGUCAAAGUAGAUGUGUUGCUUGAACUUACCGACCAACCCUUAUAAAGAGAGCUGUAUCUAUCUGUGUCUUUACUAUGGAUAUCAAAAUUCGUGUUUAAGAAUUGACGAUGACUUUUAUACGUCAGAGGUGCACAGGUCCAGUCCUGGAAGGCCUCAGUAUCUGCAGGUUUUUCUUCUAUCUGAACUCUGAACUAUCCAGUUAAUAAAGUAAUAGGCUUAUUUGGACCAGUUUGACACCGUUCUGCUAGAGGUAUAAAGAGACCCUUUAUGAUAGUCUGAGAUGUAAGCCCUCAGGACUGGGGUUGUGCACCUGCUUAUUAACUGUUUGAAAUGAAAAGUAUAAUAAUCAUUGUUAGUUCCUUAUGGGUACUUAAAUAAAAGAUAAAUGUGUGUAACCGCACACUUUCAGUUUUAAGCUGCCAACCUAGAAAUCCACUUUCAAUUAGAACAAUUAAACCAAACUGGCCAGGACAUCUGUGGUGGGGGAGACAUCCCAGGUCUUGAUUUUGGCUUCCAGGGUUAGUAUUAAGUAUCCAUCAGAUUGUAGUGCCAUCAGAGGAUGAGGAUCCUGGACAGACUUCUGAGCUUAAGCUCUUUCAGUUAUUGUUUUCAUUAAAAGUUCAUUGAAAAUGACUGCCUAAGCAAGGUGAUACCAGCCUUAAAUCCAUAGGUAAAAGUAGAAAGUUUGGUUAUCUUUGGAACAUACAGUGAAUAUUCAUUAUGAUUCUAGGGUUAAUUUACAUAAUAGGAAAUAUCCCUAUGAAUGUAAAUGUAGAAAUCUAUAGAUUAUAGAAGAACAUUCUGUAGGAUCAUCACAGAGGACUUCAAUGUGAAAAGAUAUUGAAGGCAUGUGUGUGUGGGGGGGUGGUACAUACCAGUGUAUUGUAAGCUUUGAGUAUUUUCUAGCCAACUAGCCAGAAGAACCAGGGUGACUUUGUCAUAGACAGUAUUUGCCAGGUGACAUUAGAAGCUGGUUAAGUGAUAUAGGGUUGGCAUACUGAAUCUUUUGAAUCUAUUCUAUAAUUUAAUCAAAGAUUGAUAUUUUUUUUAACAUUUAAUUAAAAGCUGCCAAUCCAGUAUCAGUUUGCGUCUGUUGUCUGCCAUGUCUGUUAGACAGACAAACCUUUGGUUUUUGUAUGCUAACCUCUGUUAAUAAAAUGUUUAUAAAGUUUAUUUUCGCCAAAGAUAUGCAAUUGCAUUAUAUAUGGUAUUACUGAAUAAAAUGUUCUUGUUAUA